ACCACAAACACCCGAUGUUUCAACACCUACUUGGAAAAGUAUCCCACAAAGCCCUUGACUUGUUGCAUGGAGAGGCAAUUAGGAGGCUAGAUGUCUUGGAGCGCUUUAAUUCAUCAUGUGGUUGCCAAAUGUGGCACAGCUGUGGGUUGCCCUGUGCUUGUAGGAUAGAAAAGUACAUGCGUGAAGAGCGUCCGAUUCAACUCGAAGACAUAGACGUCUUCUGGCGGAAACUUAACUUCCAAAGUUGUAAAUUGAUAGACGACUCCCUUGACGUGGUCGAAGAGCUAGAUGUUGUUAGACAACAAUUACAGUCGCACCCUCCAGCUUAGCAAAAAAGCCUGCUUUCAAAGAUUAAAGCGGUGUUGACUCCAACGAAAUCUACCAAGAAACCACCGGUUGUCCAACAAAAUACUCGUGGCCGACCAACAACAAAGCAGGUACAAGAAAGGUUGGACGAGGCCUCUCGUAUAGAUGAAGAAUUGAGGAGAAGCUCCUUCGGUGAUGCAAACACGUGCUUUGAAGGUUCACGACAAAGUAAGUACGAUAAACCUCGCCACAGCUCGUACGUUCCGUCUCAAGCCUCACAACAGUCGGUUAUAAGGUCCCAAAAACCCAAAGCGACCCUAAGCCGUUCAAAGAGUUCUAAGAAGAAAGAGACACGAGAUGAUCACGGUUUUCCUUUAAUCAUUGGGGACGAGUACGUGGGAAUCAUCGAACGGUUUAAGUCUGACAUUCCGCCAGUGUUCCAUCCGUACGUCUCGUGCAUACGAGAUGUGAUGCCGGACGGUCAUUGUGGGUUUCGGUCUGUGGCUGUGGGCUUAGGGAUGGAUCAGAGUUCAUGGGGGCGUAUUAGAAGGGACCUUGUCCAAGAAAUGGAUCAGAACGAAUCGAUCUGGUUCCCAAUAUUUGAAGCAUGGGCUGCAGGUUAUUUUUACACGCAUCGUCAGGGCCUAAUUUGGGAUUCAGUGGCCGGUUGUGGGGAGAAUCACUGGAUGGACUUCCCCUUUGCAGGACUUCUUAUUGCACAAACGUACGGUAUCGGGGUGCACCUGUUAACGACAACCAUGGGUGCGAGUUCCACUUACUUCCCAAUAUUAAGUCCUCCGGCUAAUCAACAACCAUUAUUCAUAACGCUUACACAUGUUAACGAGAACCACUUCAUACAUGUUAAGCUGGAAGGGGAUUAUCCUAUGCCACCAGCACACGGGCUAUGGUUGACCCACCGAAGACCCCACACAGAACAAUGGGAAGAUAUGUACUUGCCACGUCUAGAAUGGUAUACAUCGAUAAUGAAUCCUCGACCAAGAUCAAACCCCAGUCUUAAUUACAUAGAUAGUUACACGGAAGAAUGAUUUUUGUAAUUAAUAGUAUUUUUUUGGAAUUAAUAGAAUUUUUUUGUAA